UGCCGCCUGAUUUUUAGGCGGAGGGCAGUCCUGUUUAGAGCUAGCUGAUUUUCACUGCAUGACUCUUUUUCACCCUGUAACCGUAAAACACAGAGGUUUACAUCUGAGGGUUUUCUAGAACACCGAGUUCUUCUGGAAGCUCGUGGUCCCGCCCUUUAACUCAGACACCUACCCCCGCCAUGUCUACAAUGUCGGCAUAAAAUAACAGAUUGGACCCAUCUCCCGUUGCCUCUUCUGUCCGCCGCGUCACUUGCGAGCUUCUCUCUCUCCCUCCCUGCCAUGCUCCGUGUUACCUUGCUGCUGUCUGCCCUGCUCUUCGUUCUGCUGCCGGGUCCCAACUGGGGGUAUUUCCCCGAGGAGCGCUGGAGCCCCGAGUCCCCGCUGCUCGCUCCCCGGGUUGUCAUCACGCUCAUCUGCCGCAACUCGGCCCACUCUCUGCCGCUGUUUCUAGGAGCUAUCGAGCGCCUCAACUACCCGAAGGACCGCAUUGCGCUGUGGGUGGCGACGGAUCACAACACCGAUAACACCACAUCCAUCCUUAGAGACUGGCUCAUCCAGGUGCAGAAUUACUAUCACUAUGUGGAGUGGCGACCUGAUGAAGAAUCCAGAGCUUUUGUGGAGGAGGCGGGGCCAAAGCACUGGAACAACCUCCGAUACGAAUAUGUAAUGAAGCUCCGUCAGGCAGCGCUGGACACUGCCCGUGAGAUCUGGGCUGACUACCUCCUGAUGGUGGACUGUGACAACCUGCUCACCAGUCGGGAUGUGCUGUGGAAGCUGAUGAAGGAGAACAAGACCAUCGUUGCUCCCAUGAUGGAGUCCAGAGCUGCGUACUCCAACUUCUGGUGUGGGAUGACCUCACAGGGCUAUUACAAGCGUACACCAGACUACAUCCCCAUCCGCAGACGCGAGCGUCGGGGCUGUUUCGCCGUACCCAUGGUCCACUCCACCUACCUGCUGGAUCUGAGGAAAGAGGCCUCACGCGAGCUGGCUUUUUACCCGCCUCACGCCGAGUACAACUGGGCUGUGGACGAUGUUAUUGUCUUUGCUCACUCUGCACGCAUGGCAGAUGUGCAGAUGUACGUGUGCAACAGAGAGGUCUACGGCUACAUUCCCGUGCCGAUGCGUUCCCACGCUACUCUGCAGGAUGAGGUGGAGAGCUUUCUGCACACACACCUUGAGAUCAUGGUGAAUAAUCCGCCGUUGGAGCCCUCCAGCUUCCUUUCUGUCCCUCCCAAGCAGCCUAACAAGAUGGGCUUUGAUGAGGUUUUUAUGAUCAAUCUGGUUCGGAGAGCCGAUCGUCGCGAGCGAAUGCUGAGAAGUUUGUAUGAGCAGGAGCUCAGCUGUAAGGUUAUUGCUGCUGUGGAUGGCAAAGCUCUGAACACAUCUCAUAUAGAGACUUUGGGGAUUAAGAUGCUGCCAGGAUACAAAGACCCUUAUCAUGGCCGACCUCUCACCAAAGGGGAACUUGGUUGCUUCUUGUCUCAUUAUAACAUCUGGAAGGAGAUAGUCGACCGAGGUCUGCAGACGACCCUGGUCCUCGAGGACGACCUGCGAUUCGAGGUGUUCUUUAGACGCCGCCUCCAGGCGCUGCUGCAGGAGGUCACAGCACACAAGCUGGACUGGGAUCUCAUUUACAUUGGACGGAAGCGAAUGCAGGUGGACCAUCCUGAGAAGUCUCUUCCAAACAUCCAUAAUCUGGUGGAGGCGGAUUACUCCUACUGGACUCUCGGCUACAUGCUGUCAUUACAAGGAGCUCGAAAGCUCCUCCGGGCCGAACCUCUGAUCAAAAUGCUUCCUGUCGAUGAGUUCCUCCCUGUGAUGUACAACAAGCACCCGAUUUUGGAGUACAUGGAUCACUUCGAGCGCCGGGAUCUGCGUGCAUUUUCAGCCGAGCCGCUGCUGGUGUAUCCCACCCAUUACACGGGAGACGCGGGCUACAUAAGCGACACAGAAACAUCGGUCGUGUGGGACAACGAGACUGUCAAAACGGACUGGGAUCGUGCCAAGUCGAGGAAAACUCAGGAGCAGGGUGAGCUGAGCUUCGAGGCCCAGAACUCUGAUGUGCUGCAGUCCGAUCUGGAGAACUGGAGCGCUCGAGACGAGCUGUGAUGGAGGAAAGAGAACGAGAACGAACACAACUCUGUAUAAAACAAAAGGGAGACGGAACAGCGACCGGGUUGGGUUUCUUACUCCACUAACGGAUCUUUCUCUAGAGAGAUUAGAUGUAGACUUAACUCUUGAAGAGUCGACUAAUAGCUUUAUUUAUUGCAUCCAAACCUUCUCCUGAUUGUGUUUCAGAAAGAGGUCUCUUUGGUUCUUCUUCUCCAAAGGUCUUGUUAAAGGUGUGGAACACUGAAAAAACAUAUUUAAAUUAUUAUUUCGGAUUUUAAUCGGUCACUCUGAGUUUUUCAUGCAGGCUGAACAUGAAAAUAGUCUCCUACACCUAUCUCUUGCAUUAGCUUCUGAUAGAAGAUAGACGGUGAAACUAGAAUUUGAACAGCCUGGCAGAUCUACGUCACUUAGCAUUAAUGGACUCAUCCAUCUUGGCUCGGGAACAGAUGUUUGUUUAGCGUCCAGCAAACAGCAGAGACCGUCUCGGCUAAUAGACGCUACCCACUAGCAUUAGCAACUUCACCACAUAGCAGAAGCUCCUCCGCGCUUGUGUUAUUUGUGGAUUUAAAAUAUCCUGUUACACGUCAGUGAUAGAGUCCCUUUGCUGAUAUCCAAUCAGAGCUGUGAUGUCCAAAUGUCAGGAAAUAAGACUCCAGAACCCACCGUCUGAAGUCCAAUCCCAAUACUCGUACUGCGCCCUACUGGCUUCAGCGAAGUGCACUUGGAGGAAGUGUGCAGUAAGGCUUCAAGUGCGUAGUGCACAGGUGUGCAAAUAAUCGCUGAAUUGGAGCAGGGUGCAUUGUGUCAUCAACCGCAAUGCAUGCUGGGAUGCUGCAUGUGCUACUUUUUAAAAAUAUCUUUAUGAACAACUUUCAAAGUUCACAUCUGUUGCUGUUCACAAUAAAUCUUAGUCUAAAACAUUCAGAGCAUGAAUAAAUAUUAUUAAUCGUGUUAAAAUGAACUUCUUUUGUUUAGAAAUAAAUAUUUUCAAAAAUGGCACUUGAACCAUUGUUCCACCUAUAAAAUUCUCAUGCUGCAAUGGACUAUGAGUGAUAGACUUGGCCCAAGUCCACAUCGAUGCACACCAGUGCUGAUCAAGGGUGCAAAAGGGGCGUGGUCAACUUCCACACUCGAGGAUCGGGACACCCCAAGACUUGCAACUGUAGACUGGAAUGCGCAAUUGAAGGGUGCAAGGGUGGAAGUGCAAGUAUUGGGAUUGGGCCCAAAACUCAACUGUGGCCCAAUCUCAAUACUCGCACUUGCACCCUUGUGCCCUUCAUUUGUGCGUUCCUGGCCAGGGGUGCGAAUGCGUAGGGUGUCCCGAUUCUCAAGUGUGAAAGUUGACCACGCCCCCAUUGCACCCUUAAUCUGCACUUCACCCAAGUCCGCAGCGAUGCAGACCUUGGGCAAGGGAAUUACCCACAAGUCAUUGCUGCAGGAGAAAAGGCUCAAGUUCCUUUUCAGAAAAAUGUAUUUUCUAAUUAAAUUUGUUCAUUUUAGAACGAUUAGUUGAUGCUCUGAAUGUUUUAGACGAAGCAGCACGGAAGUAAAAAUUAAUUUCAAAUAAUUGCUUUAUUGUUUGUUUGAAAGUUGUUAACAAAGGUUUUUGAGAAAAGUUUCACAGCGACCAGCAUCCCGGCAUGCGUUGUGAUCGAUGGCGCAACGCUCCCUGUCUCAAUUCGGCAAUUAUUUGCACACUUGUGUACUACACACUCAAACCCUACUGCGCACCUUCUCCAAGUGCACUUCGCCGAAGACCGCAGGGCUCAGUGUGAGUAUUGGGAUUGGGCCCAAAGCUCAACUGCGAUGUGACUCACUUCUAGUUCCAGAAAAGGUGCACCAGUGUUUUUCUUCCCUGAGUACGACUUGCAGGGCCUUGAUUCCUCCUAGAGACCACUGGAAAGGUAUUGAUUAAACAAGUGCUCAACACCUUUAAUAAACCUGGACUAGCUGGGUAGAACAUUUGCAGCUUGAACUGAUUGUUUCUUCUGUUGCAUGUUUACUGGCUGUGGUCAUUUCUACCAAAGAAAAUGUUACUUUUAAGUUAAUCCUAAAGAAAGUUCCCCUUUAGUGUCUCCUAUCACUUUUAGUGUAGCUGUUGUUCAACCGUGUUACUUUUAUGCUUUACCUUUUGUUUUUAUUGAUGAAUGUAUCUGUUUUCUGUGACUUACCAAAGUGCUCUCCCUUUUGGACAACAGGUUGGUUUUAGUCUUUUCCUUUUUUUAACAUUUAGUCUUUUUAAUACAAACUAGCAGCUUUUUUUGUCUGUUUAUUGGAAAUAAAUGAAAAUAGAUUUUUUUUAAGGAA